AUGUUCUCUCACAUUCAUUGAACAGAAAUCGAGCAGGACACACACGUUUUAGUUUGUGAAGUGCGCGAGUGAUCCUGUAACAAGAGUUCCUGAACAAGUGAAUAGUGCGUUUGCGAAAAUCGCUGGAAAAUUAGUGUGGAAAACUGUGACUAGCUUUCUUCUUCGUCGAUUAUAAUCAGAAUAAAAGAUGGCCGCCAAAGCACCAGCAGUCGGUAUCGAUUUGGGCACCACCUACAGCUGUGUGGGAGUGUUCCAGCACGGAAAGGUCGAAAUCAUUGCCAAUGACCAGGGUAACCGCACGACGCCGUCGUACGUGGCCUUCACCGAUGCCGAGCGUCUGAUCGGUGAUGCCGCCAAGAACCAGGUUGCCAUGAAUCCGGUCAACACGAUCUUCGAUGCCAAGCGUUUGAUUGGUCGCAAGUUCGACGACCCCACGGUUCAGGCCGAUAUGAAACACUGGCCCUUCGAGGUGGUAUCAGUUGAGAGCAAGCCAAAGAUCUCGGUUGAGUACAAGGGUGAGACGAAGAACUUCUUCCCCGAAGAAAUCAGUUCCAUGGUGUUGACCAAGAUGAAGGAAACCGCCGAAGCCUACCUGGGCAAUACCGUGACCAAUGCCGUCAUCACCGUUCCCGCUUACUUUAACGAUUCGCAGCGUCAGGCCACCAAAGACGCCGGAACCAUUGCCGGUUUGAACGUAUUACGUAUUAUCAACGAGCCGACAGCUGCCGCAAUCGCCUACGGUUUGGACAAGAAGACCGCUGGCGAACGCAACGUCCUGAUUUUCGAUUUGGGUGGCGGUACCUUCGAUGUGUCAAUUCUGUCCAUCGAUGAUGGUAUCUUCGAGGUCAAGUCAACGGCCGGAGACACUCAUUUGGGUGGUGAGGACUUUGACAACCGUCUGGUGAACCACUUUGCUCAGGAAUUCAAGCGUAAGCACAGGAAGGAUCUCUCCUCGAACAAGCGUGCUCUGCGUCGUCUGCGUACGGCGUGCGAACGUGCGAAGCGUACCCUUUCGUCGUCGACUCAGGCUAGCAUUGAGAUCGAUUCGCUGUUCGAGGGUACCGAUUUCUAUACCUCCAUCACCCGGGCUCGUUUCGAGGAACUGAACGCCGAUCUGUUCCGUUCGACUAUGGAGCCGGUUGAGAAGGCCAUCCGCGAUGCCAAGAUGGAUAAGGCCAGCAUCCACGACAUUGUCUUGGUUGGUGGAUCAACCCGUAUCCCCAAGGUGCAGAAAUUGCUGCAGGACUUCUUCAACGGCAAAGAGCUGAACAAGUCCAUCAACCCGGAUGAAGCCGUCGCCUAUGGUGCUGCCGUCCAGGCCGCCAUCUUGCACGGAGACAAGUCGGAAGAGGUUCAGGAUCUGUUGUUGCUGGACGUUACUCCACUUUCGUUGGGUAUCGAAACUGCCGGAGGUGUGAUGAGCGUCCUGAUCAAGCGUAACACUACCAUUCCAACCAAACAAACUCAAACCUUCACCACCUACUCUGACAACCAGCCGGGUGUGCUUAUCCAAGUAUUCGAAGGUGAACGUGCCAUGACCAAGGACAACAAUCUGCUCGGAAAGUUCGAACUGUCUGGAAUCCCACCAGCACCCCGCGGUGUUCCCCAGAUUGAAGUCACCUUUGACAUCGACGCCAACGGUAUCUUGAACGUUACUGCUCUUGAGAAAUCGACCAACAAGGAGAACAAGAUCACCAUCACCAACGACAAGGGUCGUCUGAGCAAGGAAGAUAUCGAGCGCAUGGUCAACGAAGCCGAAAAGUACCGCUCCGAUGACGAGAAGCAGAAAGAAUGCAUUGCCGCCAAGAACGGUCUGGAAUCGUACUGCUUCAACAUGAAAGCCACCAUGGAAGACGACAAGCUAAAGGACAAGAUCACCGACAGUGACAAGACCCUGAUCUUGGACAAAUGCAACGACACCAUCAAGUGGCUCGAUGCCAACCAACUGGCCGAAAAGGAGGAAUACGAACACCGUCAGAAGGAGCUCGAAUCUGUCUGCAACCCGAUCAUCACCAAGCUGUACCAGAGCGCCGGUGGAGCUCCAGGAGGCAUGCCAGGUUUCCCUGGUGGCGCCCCCGGUGCUGGAGCUGGCGCUGGUGCUGCUCCGGGAGCCGGUUCCGGAUCUGGCCCGACCAUCGAGGAAGUCGACUAAAUGCCUCAUUCCGAAGCAACCCCAAUAUCUCCCCAUCAGCGGCAGGCGGCUGAUGUUCUUAACUUAUUCAGCAUUCCUCUUUACUUAGCGCUGUUACUGAAGCAAACAAUUUUAAAACAACCACAACAAACAAUCGAUAUUUCAACUUUGUUUCGCGGUUUUGUUACACGAUUCCAACUCUUGAAAUUCUACAUCAUUAGGUAUUUACUAUCUUAAAACCACUAACGAAGGAGAGAAUUAAACAAAAAUGCAUUUUUAACAAAGCCGAGUUCGAUUUAGGCAGCAAAACAAAAGAGCUUGAAUAAAAAUACGAAACGAGUUAAGAAAAAUUAGAAAAAACAACAAA